GGCCAAGGACUCUCUCUAUUCCUUGGAGGAGGCUACAGCAUGUUGGGGUGGCCACUACUGAUGCUGGCCUUACUGAGCGGAGGGAGGUUGACGGAGGCGGCCUGGUGGGACAAGAGAAACUUCAUGACCGAUAACACUUCACCAGCAGUAAAGGACGAUUGCGAGGUGAAGAAAUCUUCUAUGAACAACACGAUAACAGGAAAGGGACGUCAGGUGUUUCUGCGUUUUGACGACACCUACAACGUCGCCCCGCAGGAAUUCUCUCUCUUGGUGGAGGCGACGAACGCCACAACUACACCCCCACUCCUGUUGAACUUCCGAUAUAAUAGACUGGACCAGGAGAGCCGUCUGUACUCUUACAAUGUUACUAAUGCCAACGGUAGUACCCUGGCAGUGGUGGAGUUAGGCCCACAAGACUGGCAGAUGAUGAAGGUGUCUGGAUCUUUUCUGGUGAUAGAGGGAAUUGUGGGAGGUAAUGACACAGCCAAGACAAAAGUUCCUCUCCCUAUACAGCGGCAGGAGAAAAGUUACACCUACAACGUCGCCGUCACUAGGGGCAGAGGCAACAUUGAUCUCUUGUUUUCCUGUCCAUCUGGAUGUGUAAUCCAGAAGACUCCUGUUGACGAGGAUGCCCACACCCUCGUGCCCUUGGCUGAUGAAAGUGACAUAUGGGUGUCGACCCCUGACGAAGACACUCACCUCCAACUGGGUCUCUCUAUCAAAGAACACGGACAGGAAAACAAUAACAACAGGAACUUGAACUUUACCCUCGACACCUCGGCCAAAUGGUACCAACUGAAGCUGACGAGGGAGGGGGACGGUCGCGUGGUCCUGUGGGACACAACCAACGCAGAGAUUAACAACACACAGUUGACAGCCAGUAAAGGGGCCGCCAUUCAGCGACAAGACCAGGUGACCUUCCACUUCCAGUCAGACAAGAUAGCUUACUGGUCCCUGGGCUGUGAUAAGCGGCUACACAAGCUCCUUAGUAGUUCCUCGUCCAGUGAACCUUGGGAUUUAACCAUAUUGAUUCUGCUAAUUGGGGGAGCAAGCGGUGUCUCUUUGGUACUCUCCACCGCCAUUAUUUACACUUGGCACAGGCAUAAGGUAAGUGCGUCACACCGGCGGGAGAAGAGGCAUGAAUCAGAAAACGAGGCGCCAUCAUGGUCUGGAUGGGGCGGCCUGAGUAACGUGUCAAUAAGAGAGAGAGGAAUACAGGAACGUCUGCCUAUGGUGUCCUGCGGCGAUGGGGUCAACACAAGUAGAGAAGUCUUGGCCGAGGUUCAUCACCUUCCCGCUGGAGAACACCUGGCUGGUGGUGGUGGUGGUGCUGGUUCACCUUCCAAGCAGAGGACUCCUUCACGAGACAGAGACAGUUACAGGAAACGUAAGGAUUCUGGUGCCUCUGGUUGUAUGUAUGUUGCUAGUGCACCCGGAAAUAAGGGUGGCAUCCUUCCAUCAGGCCAAGAUGCCACUACCACAAGCAGAUCUGGGAGCACUCCUGGACACAAUGACGUUUCUAAAGCUAAAGACAGCUACCUGGAUGUUUCUGGCUGCGACAAAGUCUCUGGUCGUCCUAAAUGCUCUGGCAAAACACAAAAUAUCCAAACAAGUUCUCUAACGCCUCCUGACAAAUAUCAACAAACCAUUAACACUUCAGAACAGAAGGUGCAAAACACUGUAGCUGCCCAGCGACAGAUGUGCGAUACUUUGAAGAAUCGUGAACCAACCGACCACGAAGAUGAUCGACCAAUGAAAAUAAAAGAAAAUUAUACAGAAAGGAAACGAAAGGGAGGAAUGGAGAAACAAGAGAAGAACUCGGACGCCAAUACCACCAACAAGAAGCCCAUCAAAGGUCACAAAGACAGACGACCAAAGGGACCAGAUCAAGGUGUAGCUGGUGUGUCUAGUAGCGACCUUGACAGCAGCAGCAACAACAAGGAUAAUAAACAAGUGUUUAAGUACUCACAUGGGACCGCUAAUGACGCACAUAAAAAAUUAAUGUUAGGAAUGAAGGAAAAACUUGCUUCCUCGACACAAAUGGAAAAGAAGAAAUCGCACUCUAAUUCACACGGGUUGUCCAGGGGCUCUCCACGGGGCACUACAAACCCUGACAACGGUCGACCUGUGGCGGAUGGCAACACUAACAAACAACAAUUGAAAACAUCUACCAAGAAGAAGACCCAGUCUUCAAAGAUGGUCAAACAGACACCUACGAGUGGUAAAGGCAUAUCAGGUUACACGACUGUCCUGCCGAUACCUCAUACACAGCAUGAUGGUUUUCAACGACACGAGACGCACUCCAGCACUCUCCCUGGACACUGCGGCAGGAAAAUAAACUGUAAACUCAUGGAUGACAAUGAACCCAGCCUGCUUGGUUCCCGCUCUUCCUCAUUUAGCCGUCUACCUUGGUCUCCCUUGGCUGACUCCAGUACACCUGCCGCCAGUAACGUAGCUCGUUCAAACAUGUCUUUCCCACAGAGCCCACGAUCACCAGCGAGCCAUCACCACCACCCACACCACGACCGAACACGUCUACAACCAUCCACCACCUUUCCCAACACCCCACAGCCCACGACUACCAACACCACCAUCCGCCACCACUACCAACCACCCACCUCUGACAGGUCGUGUUGCGGCAGCUGGGAGACGAGAGGACCUGUCACUGAAUUGUGUGGCUGAUGAGGAAUUAUACGACGAGUUGGAGUAAAAUAUGUGAGAGAGCCAAAUGAUCAUUACCAUUAUUAUGUUUUAGUUUUAGAUAUUAUUAUUAUUAUUACUAUUACAACCAACUUUGAUUGUAUACAUACUUUUGAAGCUUUUAUAUUUCUUUCAACCUAAAAUUAUGUGUUUUUAGUACAACUUAGAUUACAAAUGCACGUAGAGAUGAUUUAAAAAAUUUGAAUGAACUAAAUGGGGCACAAAAGUUCUACGAAUUGAUUUACUCUUAUAAAAUACUGUGAAAUAAAAUAUAAAAGUCUAGAAAAUUCUUACAAAGGUAAUACAGAAAUUAAUCAGAACACCUAGUUCACAAGUACUAUGAUACCAAAUUAUGCCUCGGCAUAACAAUAUCUAUCAAAAGUCACUCAUCUUGUAAAAUAACCUUGAGGAAACAGUAAAUGAGAUACCGGGUAAUAAC